AAAAAAAAGAAAGAAAGAAAACUAGGAAUUGCCGCGGGUCUACGAAACAAAGUGAGAUCUACCAUUUGAACAAAAAUUUCAGAUCUAAUGACUGACAGAUCUCUGUAACGACGCACACUCAAUCAAAGACGACCAGAAUGUACAUGUCGUACGGAUGGCCACAGGUGAUCCCAAUAGAGCAAGGGCAGUGUUCGUCGUCUCAACGGAUCAUAUACUUGAAAGUUAUCAAUGGCUUAUUACUCGUUGUCUCUCCUUCACAUGUCGAGCUGUGGAGUUCCUCGCGGCAUAAAGUGAGGUUAGGGAAAUAUAAGAGGGAUUCAGAGUCGCUGCAGAGAGAGGGAGAGAAUUUGCAAGCUUUGUGGAGCCCUGAUGGAAAAUUGAUCGCUGUGAUUACGUCAUCUUUUUUUCUUCACAUUUUCAAGGUCCAGUUUACAGAAAAAAGAAUACAAAUUGGAGCAAAGCAUCCUUCUGGUUUGUUUUUGGCAAAUAUAUUUCUUGUUCUCAGUGAGCAGGUGCCUUUUGCAGAAAAGGGUUUUUCAGUGAGCAAUAUUGUGAGCGAUAACAAACAUAUGCUACUUGGACUUUCUGAUGGAUCUUUAUAUUGUAUCUCAUGGAAGGGGGAGUUCUGUGGAGCUUUUGAACUCAAUGACUUUCGAUAUGAUAGCAGCUCAGUGACACUACUACCAAAUUCCCUGAGUAAUGGCUUUGCUUCUGCAGAGACUUCAGGAGCUUUUGUUUCUGGUCACAAAUUCUCCAGAAAGUGCGCUAUUGUCCAGCUGGAGCUUUGCUUUCUAAUGAGACUGCUUCUUAUUGUAUAUUCUGAUGGAAAACUGAUAUCAUGCUCUAUAAGUAAGAAAGGUUUAAAGCAACCUGAAUUUAUUAAAGUUGAAAAAGAGCUGGGUUCUGGUGAUGUUGUAUGUGCUUCAGUGGCGGCAGAGCAACAAAUUGUUGCUGUUGGCACCAGAAGGGGGAUUGUUGAGCUAUAUGACCUGGCAGAAUCUGCAUCACUCAUUCGUACUGUGUCUUUGUACGACUGGGGAUACUCAAUGGAUGAUACUGGUUCUGUCAGUUAUAUUGCAUGGACACCUGAUAAUUCUGCUUUUGCUGUUGGGUGGAAGUCAAGAGGACUUACUGUGUGGUCUGUUUCGGGGUGUCGUUUGAUGUCAACAAUCCGUCAGAUUGGCUUAAGUUCUGUGUCUUCUCCAGUUGCAAAGCCAAACCAAGACUUUAAAUAUGAGCCACUAAUGAGCGGCACCUCUCUGGUUCAGUGGGAUGAAUAUGGAUAUAGGCUUUACGCAAUUGAGGAAGAAUCGUCAGAGCAAAUUCUUGCAUUUUCCUUUGGCAAAUGUUGUAUUAGCAGAGGAGUAUCUGGCAUGACUUAUGCCCGUCAAGUAAUUUAUGGUGAAGAUAGGUUAUUAGUUGUGCAGUCUGAAGAUACUGAUGAACUUAAGCUUUUACAUUUAAACCUUCCAGUUUCUUAUAUCUCCCAGAAUUGGCCUGUCCAACAUGUGGCAGCUAGCAAGGAUGGAAUGUACUUAGCAGUUGCUGGUCUUCAUGGGUUAAUAUUAUAUGAUAUAAGGCUGAAAAAGUGGCGAGUAUUUGGAGAUAUCACGCAGGAACAAAAGAUUCAGUGCAAAGGUUUGCUGUGGCUGGGAAAGAUUAUUGUUGUCUGCAACUACAUUGAUUCUUCUAACAUGUAUGAACUGCUUUUUUAUCCUAGAUAUCAUCUUGAUCAGAGCUCACUACUCUGUCGGAAACCUUUGCUUGCAAAACCAAUGGUGAUGGAUGUCUACCAAGAUUAUAUAUUGGUGACCUAUCGCCCAUUUGAUGUCCACAUAUUCCAUGUGAAAUUAUUUGGUGAAUUGACACCUUCAAACACUCCAGACCUACAACUUUCUACAGUACGAGAACUUUCAAUCAUGACUGCGAAGAGCCACCCAGCUGCUAUGCGCUUUAUCCCUGAUCAGGUUACUGGUGAAAGUACAUUAAACAAUCGAGUUUCAUCUGAAGAAGAUUUGUCUGAGAGGGAGCCUGCAAGAUGUUUGAUAUUAAGAGCAAAUGGGGAGCUUUCACUUCUGGAUUUAGAUGAUGGAAGGGAAAGGGAGCUUACCGAUUCUGUUGAAUUAUUUUGGGUUACUUGUGGACAAUCAGAGGAGAAGAUGAGUCUAAUUGAGGAAGUUUCAUGGUUGGAUUAUGGCUUUCGAGGGAUGCAGGUUUGGUAUCCGUCUUCGGGUGUUGACCCUUUUAAGCAGGAGGACUUUUUGCAUUUGGACCCGGAGUUGGAGUUUGACCGUGAGGUGUAUCCUUUGGGUCUUCUUCCAAAUGCUGGUAUUGUUGUUGGCGUUUCGCAGAGACUGUCGUUUUCAGCAUGCACAGAGUUUCCUUGUUUUGAACCAACUCCUCAAGCCCAAACUAUAUUGCAUUGCCUACUUCGGCAUCUUCUUCAGAGGGACAAAAUUGUGGAGGCUUUACGGUUGGCACAGUUGUCUGCAGAAAAGCCUCAUUUUUCACAUUGUCUGGAGUGGCUUCUUUUUACUGUAUUUGAAGCUGAAAUUUCCAGGCAAAAUAUAAACAAGAACCAAAUCUCAACCCUUAAACGUGCUGCCAACUUUUCUCUUUUGGAGAAGACUUGCAAUUUAAUUAGAAAUUUUCCUGAGUACCUUAGUGUUGUUGUCAGUGUUGCUAGAAAGACUGAUGGUCGACAUUGGUCAGAUUUGUUCUCUGCUGCUGGAAGAUCUACAGAGUUGUUUGAGGACUGCUUCCAGCGGAGAUGGUAUCGCACUGCGGCUGGCUAUAUUCUUGUGAUUGCUAAACUUGAAGGUCCCGCUGUCAGUCAAUAUUGUGCCUUACGUUUAUUACAGGCAACACUUGAUGAAUGUUUAUAUGAACUUGCUGGGGAACUGGUGAGAUUCUUACUGAGAUCUGGAAGGGAAUUUGAACCAGCAUCAACUGAUUCAGAAAAAUUAUCACCCAGAUUCUUGGGCUAUUUUCUUUUUCCUCCUAGUUACAGGAGGUCAUCUUUGGAUAAAAGCACCUCUCUCAAGGAGCAGAGUCCUAAUGUUGCUUCUGUUAAGAACAUCUUAGAAAAUCAUGCUAGCUAUUUGAUGUCGGGGAAAGAACUUUCCAAGCUUGUUGCAUUUGUAAAGGGCACUCAGUUUGAUUUAGUGGAAUAUCUUCAACGAGAAAGAUAUGGUAGUGCUCGCUUAGAGAAUUUUGCUUCAGCGCUUGAACUGAUUGCGCAAAAGCUUCACAUGGGUACACUGCAGAGCAGGUUGGAUGCAGAAUUUCUCUUGGCUCAUAUGUGCUCUGUCAAGUUCAAAGAAUGGAUAGUUGUACUUGCCACUCUUUUAAGACGAUCUGAGAUUCUUUUUGAUCUUUUCUGUCAUGAUACACGGUUAUGGAAAGCUUAUGCCAUUACAUUACAGUCUCAUUCCACGUUCGCCGAGUACCAAGAUCUUCUUGAAUCCUUGGAGGAGAGACUUACAUCUGUUUUGAAUACAGAAGACAAAUGAAGAUGGUUAGAAGUGAAGCCUUAUGCUAUUUGACUACAUAUGGGAACUAAUCAGAUUGAUUUUUCAAAUCAGAUGUUCCCUUUCCAGUAAAAUGAGUCCUCUGUCGUCCGAUUCACGCAUGAACACUUAGAACUAUUGAUUGAAUGGAAAUUUACCUACCUGGAAAUCAAGAGAUGGGAUUGUCUUUAGAAUAGGCCUUUCCAUAAGUCACAUAAUUGUUCUUGUAGAUAAGGAGGCCAAUGCAUAGUAAAAUGUUGCAGAGGAAUUUUUGUUUCAUUUUUCAUUCUUUGCAAAUUUGUAUAAUAAAUUCUGUAUAAAAUAUAAAUGAAAGCAGUUUGCCCGAGUAAAACUA